AUGGGCCCAAUACUUGCCAAUAUUGAUACUCUUGUCCGAAUGCCUUAUGGAUGCGGUGAACAAAAUAUGAUCAAUUUCGUGCCAAACAUUGUUGUUAUUGGUUAUUUGAAAGCGACGAAACAAGGAGCCUUUGUGGUUCGAUCAUUCAAACAAGCACAGCGGUUCAUCUUCAUCGAUGAACAUAUUCUCCAGAAGUCAAUUGCUUUCCUAAAUGCUCAGCAGCAGCAGGAGAAUGGAGCAUUUGCGGAACGCGGUGAAAUUCAUCACAAAGCUAUGCAAGGAGGUGCUUCAGAAGGUGGCAUACCUCUGACUGCUUAUGUAUUUGUUGCUCUUCUUGAAAAUGGGGUAUAA